AUGACCCAAACAGACCUCAAAGUCGACGCAAUCGUUAUCGGCGGCGGAUUCGGCGGCUGCAAUGCCCUCUACCGCCUCCGCCAGAUGGGCCUCACCACGAAGCUCCUCGAAGCCGGGAGCGGCUUCGGCGGCGUCUGGCAUUGGAACCGCUACCCUGGGGCCCGCGUGGACUCCGAAAUGCCAUCGUACCAAUUCAAUAUCCCCGCCGUCUGGAAGGACUGGCAUUGGAGUGAGCGGUUUCCGGGCGACGAGGAGCUAAGACGGUACUUUGAGCAUGUCGACCGCGUACUUGAACUAAGCAAGGAUACGCAUUUCAACACAAUUGUAUCAAGGUGUCGAUUCGACUCGGCAAGCAGGCAGUGGACCGUCCACACAUCAACAGGCCUCAAGGCAACGUGCCAGUAUCUCAUCGCAGCAACGGGUUCCUCAUACAAGAAAUACUUUCCCGAAUACCCAGGCCUGCAUCAAUACAAGGGCCAAUUAGUCCACUCCGCGGCAUAUCCUGAUGCCCUCGACGUGACCGGGAAGAAAGUCGCUAUUGUCGGCAACGGCGCCUCGGGACUUCAGAUCGUCCAGGAACUCGCAAAGAAAGACUGCGAAUUGACUGUCUUUAUUCGAACGCCCUGCUUUGCGAUCCCCAUGCGACAGCGGAAGAUCUCGCCUGAGGAAUCUGAGAUGAUGAAGGGGUAUUACGAUGCCAUUUUCGACCGUUGUUAUCAAUCGACCACGGGGUUCCCGCAUAAUAUCAAGCUGCAGGCGGCCAAUACGGCUACGCCUGAGGAGCGGAAGGCUCUUUUCGAUGAACUCUGGAAGCGUGGUGGGUAUAGUUUUCUGGUCUCAAAUUAUUAUGACUUCUUACUUAAUGACGAGGCGAACUCGAUCUUCUACGAGUACUGGGUGAAGCAAGUCCGGGCCCGUAUGACAGAUCGCAAGAAGAUGGACCUUGUCGCGCCAUUGAAACAGAAAUACUGGAUUGGCACGAAGAGGCCCAGUCUGGAGCAAGAUUAUUAUGAGAUGAUCGAUCGGCAGAACGUGGUGCUGCAUGAUUUGAAACAAGCCCCGAUCUUGCAGUUCGACGAGACCGGCUUAGUUACAGUCGAGGGCCAUCGCGAUCUGGACAUUGUUAUAUUUGCGACGGGGUACGAUGCCAUCACGGGCAGCUUGCUGGAUCUGGGAAUCGUAGAUCGGAAUCAGAUCCCUUUGAGUGAGAAAUGGAACGAUGGGACCGUUACUCGUCUGGGCAUAAUGAUUCCUGAUGCGCCGAAUCUGUUUCUGGUCUAUGGUCCGCAGGCACCCACUUCGCUGGCUAAUGGGCCGCCUUUUAUUGAGAUGGAGGUCGAUUGGAUCUGCAGGGCGAUUGCGAAGAUGCGGGAUGAAGGAUUGGCGUCCGUGGUGCCGACGGGGGAUGCGGCACAGGAGUGGAAGGAGGAGGUUCGGAAGGUGAGCGAGAAUACACUGUAUCCUAAAACGGACUCAUGGUAUAUGGGGAGUAAUAUUCCCGGGAAGAGACGGGAGCCGCUGGUUUAUCUCGGUGGCAUGCCGAGGUGGUGGAAGAAGUGCAAUGAGGCAUUGGAUAGUUGGGAGGGGUUUCAUACUGAGUCUUUAUAG